AUGAAGUCCAUCUCCAUCCCUACGCUCCUCACAGUCGGCUCCCUAGCCGCCGUUGCGUACUCGGCCGCGACCCCUCCUCAAAGACCUCUCUCCGACGAUGAUUUGAACGACCACGCCCUCCCCCUCAUUAUCUGGCACGGCCUCGGCGACUCGUACGACGGCGACGGCAUCAAGCAGAUCGGCGAGCUGGCCGAGGAGAUCAACCCGGGCACCUUCGUCUACACCGUCAAGGUCGGCGCAGACCCCAACAGCGAUCGGUCCGCCACCUUCUUCGGCAAUGUGACGACGCAGCUCGAGCAGGUGUGUGAGGAAAUCGCCGCCCACCCGAUCCUCUCGACCGCGCCCGCCGUCGACGCCAUCGGCUUCUCCCAGGGCGGCCAGUUCCUCCGUGGCUAUGUCGAACGCUGCAACAACCCGCCUGUCCGCUCCCUAGUAACCUACGGCAGCCAGCACAACGGCAUUGUCGAGUUCAAGGCUUGCGGCGACGCCGACCUGCUCUGCAAGGGCGCCAUGGCCCUGCUGCGCUUCAACACCUGGUCCACCUUUGUCCAGAACCGCCUCGUGCCCGCCCAGUACUACCGCGACCCCAAGCCAGACCAGUACGAGAAGUACCUUGAGUCGUCCAACUUCCUCGCCGACAUCAACAACGAGCGCGAGCUCAAGAACGUCCGGUACAAGAAGAACAUCGCGAGCCUCGCCAACUUUGUCAUGGUCAUGUUCGAGGAUGACACCACCGUCAUCCCCAAGGAGACGGCCUGGUUCGAGGAGGUCAACGGCACUGAGAGCCUGCCGCUGCGCGCGAGGCCCAUCUACCAGGAGGACUGGAUUGGCCUGAGGGAGCUGGACCGCAAGGGCGGCCUCCGCUUCCGCCAGAUCCCCGGCGACCACAUGGAGCUGACCCAAAAGAACCUCAACAAGACCAUUCAGGAAUUCUUCGGCCCCUACAAGAAGCGCUUCGAGGCCGAGGCGAAACCAAAGUUCGCUAGCGAGGAAUUGUAA